CUAUUCUAUUCAUUUUAUAAGACAUUGGUUGGAAAGGAGAUCACAGUUGAACUAAAGAAUGAUCUGUCAAUAACAGGUUAUCUACAAUCAGUCGAUCAAUACUUGAAUAUAAAGCUCAAGGAUGUUCGAGUGGAAGAAGAGGACAAAUACCCCUAUAUGCUAUCUGUAAAGAAUUGUUUUAUUAGAGGAUCAGUUGUCAGAUUCGUACAUCUGCCGGCAUCAGAGGUCGACGUUGAAACACUGCAAGAUCACACAAGACUCGAAGCGAGAGAACAGAAGAAGAUCGCACAACAA